GUCACGUUUAGAGGAACGUGUAUGCGAGGGGGUAAAUAUUUAGGACUGGUACGUACAUGUUCAGCAUUUCAGUACAGACGAACCGGUUAUAACUGAAAACGCAAAGUACAUUGUAAGACAUCAAAGAUGGCCGAUAUUGGACACAGCGGUUACCGAAUAGCAUUGAUCUUGCUGACAUGUCUCGUGUUAGGUGUGACGCUUUUCUUCAACUACUUGGGAUCAGGCCAAGCUGGCAAGGAUCUCGGAAUCUACGAGAGUGAUACCGGCGACAUAUCCGAUUAUUUUUACCUUGAAAUAACCCCCGCAGGCUGGACAUUCACAAUAUGGGCUUUCAUCUACGUUUGGCAAAUCAUCUGGCUUAUAUACGGACUAUCUACCAUCUGUCGGAAGACUGACAGCGGUAUUUACAUCUAUCAGCUUCCGGUCAUGCCCCCUGCUAUUUAUAUUGUCUACAUUCUCAAUCUUGGGUUCAACAUUGCCUGGAUGUUACUUUUUGACAGGAAGUACAUAGAAAUUGCCCUGGCAGACAUCAUUCUUAUGGCACUGACCCUUUAUGCUAUCCUGAUUAUUUCAUCUCGGGCCGUGCGCAAAAACCUCAGCGUAUUGAUUAAAGAUGGCGCAGGAAAGGAAGCUUGGUUCAUACGCUUUUUCCUUCAUAACGGAAUAGCGUUUUAUGUUACUUGGGUCACCGUUGCUACACAUCUUAAUGUUGCCAUGGUGAUGCAUUACAGUGCAGGAGUAGCCAAUGACAUCUCGUGUACCAUAGCACUCGGCAUGUUGACCUUUUUCGUGAUGUUGUGGUUUGUGACAGAGAACGUCCUCCUUGACGCAUACACCAGGUACCUGUUUAGCCCGUACAUCGUCCUCGUCGUAGCCCUUAUUGGAUCGAUUGCGAAAAACUUUGACCUUGAACUUCGGUACCGGAACUCAAUCCUCUCGGUCAUUCUUUUAAGCAUGUCUGGUUUUUUCUUGUUCCUGAAACUGAUCAUCAUCAUUGUCCGUCAUAACCGCGCACCGUUGUCUCCAACAGUGUACUCUCCCACAACUUCGGAAAAGUCAACGAAGUCGGCAGCGUGAAAGCCUACAGAUGUUUCCACCUCUACCUAAAUUGAAAGUCCAUAGAUCUAUACUGAACGAAAUCUUUAACAAUAUACUUAAUAAAAACUUCCAAGCGAAUAUAUCUUGUUCUACUAAUGAAUCAGUUUACUCAUGUAGAUUUUAAACUCAAACAACAGCAUGCACAUAUAUAGGUGAACAUGGUACAUGCAGGCUAUUUGCCGAUUUUAUACAAAAAGACACCUACGGUUACAUUUCUGGAUAUUUAUUAUAUAUGAUGUACAUGAUACAUAUGAUACAGGCACUUUCUCCUAGCACCACUUGCACUAUCGUGUCUACAUAAUGUAGAAGUUUUCCGUUCAUAUGCAUUUUUUUUCAUUUCUUUAUCCUUUUUUUCUCUCCUGUUUGAAACUUUUUAAUAACGAUAUAUUUAGAAGUACACUGAUUGUCGACGACAUCAAGAAGAUACUUUUAACGAUUAUCAAAGUUCUGACAUUUAAUAUGACGACCCAUAGACUUGCAUAAGCCCCACUUAUGUCGAGUGUACGGCCCCUGUAUAGGGUACUGAACAUUCUAUGCUUCACACAAAUAACAUCUUUAGUUAAAUACACACCCAUGAGUUAUUCGACCAUAUGUAGCUUGUCAGUGUACAGAGUCCUUUUCAGAAGAUUAUCUAAAUUUACACACACUUAUUUGUAUGAUUUCGCUUUGUACUUGUAUAUACAUUUUAAUGUACAUUAAAUAUUUACAACAA